AAAACGUAAACAAAAGGCUCGUCCAGGUCACGUGAUGCGGAAACAACAACCCCGCUGAUGCAAACAGCUGCAUCUACUUGCAGUUCCACCCCCCCUCCCCCCGCCACGCACGUGCGCGGACGUACGUACGUAAGCGUGACGUCAUCAAAGAGCUAUCGCAUUACUUUGUUGCGUCAUCAGAAAGAAGACUUCAGUCUGUUAAGGUCGUUGUACGAAACGGAUCACAUCACAGCUCUCUACAGGAACCGCUUACCACUGCUUAAGUCAUCAGUUAAAAUGGCUCGUGAGAUGAAUCUUACAGAGUUGAAGGCUAAAUUAGACCAGAGUAAGGCCAACGAGAAAUUACUCACAGCCAAAAUCAAUGAACUGACAUCAGAAGUUAAGAAUUUACAAGAAGUUUUAUCUGAAAAAGAAACUGGGUGGAAAAACCAGUUGGACGAUUUAACAAAGAAAAAUACCAGAUUUCAAAGGGAAAUAAGAAAGGAGAAAAGUCAGCUGUCUAAUGCAAUGAUUCGGCUGACAGAGAGUACGGCAAAACUAGAAGAAACCGAUAAAUGCCUGGAGCCCUUGAAGAAGGAAUACCAACAUGUCAAACAAAGGCUUGAAAAAGACUUGGAAAAGCAAACGUCAAUCCAAAAGUCCAUUGAGGAAAAACUAAACAAUUCAGUGCAAACAAACACUGAAUUAAAAUUACAAAACGAAGAGUUUUCUAAAGAAAAUGAAAAACUUCAAGCUUUAAAUGAGUCAUUAUCGAAAGAUAUGGAUAUAUUGAAAUGUUCACUGGCUAAAGAGAUAAUUAGAAGAACAGACUUGGAAACGAAAUGUGAAAACUUGGAAACGACCAUCAGGACAAAGGUUGAAGUUCCGUUAAAUAAUAGGAUUAAAGACUUAAUGGGCCACAUCGACCAACUGAAAGCUGAUGCUAAAAAAAAGACUGCAUAUGUAACACGUUUAGAAUCAGAUAAGAAAACGUUACUAUCAGAAAAGACACAGCUGAAAAGGAAAAAUGAUGAAUGGCCAGAGAAAUACUUUGAAAUUACUCAGGAAAAUAAAAAGCUUGCUAAAGAAUUAGAACACACACGCAUUCUUCUUGACAAAAAUGCCUCAGAAAUCCAAAAUCUAAAUCUUCAAUUAGGCAAUGCUGUCAGUAAACGAUGGGAUGUUGAACAAGAGAAAAAGGAACAAAUUGAACAGAAGGAUAGCAAAAUAAAGAAAUGGAAGACGAGAGCAAAACUCCAACUAAAUGAAACCGCACUUUCUGAAAGUCUAAAAACUGAAUAUGGAAAUAAUCUGUUUAAAGCUCAGGAUCAAAUUCACUGUUUGGAACAGAAAAUUAGUGUACUUACAGAUUCCAACGCACUGCUUUCAACAGAGAAAGAGUCUUUAGUCAAGGCGACAUCGUCCCUGUCUUGCCAGCUGAAGGAAGUUAAGAUGCAGUUAGAAAACACAGAGGAGCAACUGUCGUCAGCUCUGAAUAAAGAUGCCCAACAGUCAAGCAUCUUAGCAACUAAAGAAAUGGAGAAUGAGCAAAUUACCAAGGAGCUUGAAAUAACAGCGACAGAACUACAGAACGCAAAAGACGAAAUUAGCGAUUUAACAAAGAAAACUCAGGAACUUGAAUCUGAAAUCAAACUGUUUCCCAGAGAGAAAAUGGAAGUUCAGGGAAAACUUGACCAGCUAGCUGAAGAAUUCUCUAAAAAUGGCUUGACAUCAGUAGCAAUGCACGUGAAAACGCUGCUAAAUGGUAUGAAUGAAAAAGACAAGAAUAAAUAUACUGUUGGUCGUUUCAACCUGGAGUUAGAAAGCCAGAAUUUUAUGAAAACGAUCACGGAACAGAAGACAGAAAUUGAGGAACUGAAAGCCAAAUUGCAUAAAGCUAUGGCUGCUCAGAGUAAAAAGCUGUUGCGUAAGAGGCAAGCAUGACAUCCGCGGACGUUAAUGUGGCUCAAAUGGCAGCAUGCACACCCACAAAUUAUACAUCAAAACAAGCAGCUGUCACAUUGAGAGCAGGAGGAGGUUAGGGCCCAAGAUGCAGAAUACCCCAGAUGACAUGAGGCAGGAGCAUUUUAAAAGUAAAUCCUUUAUUUAGGAUGAUGAACAAAAAUCCAAAAAGGGCAGGAAGCCAAAAACCAAAAGUCCUAAAACCCAGGACACCCAAAGCUCACAUAGAGCACAAAAACAACGCUAACACAAACAAUGGACCGACAAGACACUGAGACGAGACAGGGCUUAUAUACACUGGGGCAUGAUGGGAGGCAGAUGGGCUGCAGGUUUGUGGAGAGAGAACCAGGUGAAAGCAAUUAACUAAUCAGGGAGGAAACUAACAUGACCUAAGAGUAAAGAGUAAAAAACCUAAAGACAAGAUAAACAGCAAAAUAAACUAAUAUUCUAAGGGGAAGGGAAACUACAAAAACCUGUGGAAAAAACAUGCUACAGAGACUGAUAAAAUGAGAAGCUGAACCUAUAAAAAAACUGCAGAGGGGUGACUGGGGGAGACUGAAGGAACACAGGACUUGGGAGGGAAUAUCUGGAAGGCUGAAGACCAGGGGACACAUGAGGAACACAAAGAGACACAUAAGGGGGCUUCUUAGGGGGGAAUGGAGCACACAAGGAGACACAUGAGGGAGACGCAGACAGACCAUGACAGUACCCCCACCCCCAAAGGGUGGAUACCAGAUGCCCACAAGACAGACAAACAAUACCACGAUCAAAAGACAAGACUAAAACAGGACACGAGAAACCACAGGGCGGGAGAGGAGGGACCAAAACAAACAACAACCCACAAGGGCGGGCGAGGAGGGACCAGGGGACUCUGGGAGGCCGGCGACGGGGAACCAGGGAACAGGGGACUCUGGGAGGCCGGCGACGGGGAACCAGGAGCCGGGAACAGGGC